AAUUUUAAAGACAGAAAUAUGAUAAAGCUAUUGAGGGAGGGUGUGCCGGGACUGUUCGUUUUUAUGCCGAUUGCCGAAUGUCUAACGAUGUUUAGGUUCAUACCGUACGAUGCGUCUUCUAGUACACAUUGCCAAUACACUGGAGGAAUGUCUCAGAAUAUUACAUGACCGAACUUGAAAUCGCACUGCAUCUACAGAACAAUUUCACAAACAAUAAAGAUGAAACAAAACCAGAAGUUGUCCAUCAGAUCAUGUACGAACAAAUGGGAAACAGAGACUACGAUUGUUUCGAAUUGGAUCGGGAGGAUCACGAGCAUUAUUUGUUCCGAAAAGUGGCUUACGCUUACUUCGGUCCUCCCAAGGACGAAACAAACAUGUACGAUGAAACCCAAACAAGCACCGUAAAUGAUAUGAUCAAGGUGAUUAAGAAACAGUGUCUUAAGUACACAAAUAACCCUAAACUGGUCGUAUUCGCUUGUAUCUACAAUAUAACCACACCACUACCAAGAGAGAAAUUGGAAAAGUGCAAGAAGGAUGAGGAUUAUAAUCCGUUCACGGAUUUUAAUGCAAAACCGAUAUUUGUAGUACCCAAGUGCGCUGAUGUCGACAAUGCGUGCGUACUUUCAUUGACACCGACUUAAGGGUAUAUAACAACUGGGAGUCAUAUUUAGAAGAAAACAAACUCGGUAAUUGUCUGUGCGUUACUCCAAAAGACGGACGUUAUCAAGGAGACUGCUGGAACCGGGUAAUACUGGAGUAUAAUCCGUCGCCGGCUUGCGGUCUUGGUAUUCAAGUUUUGAAUACCAUCGAUAUUGCAGCUAUGGCUGUUGGUGUAGCUGCUGGCGUGGGAGGCCUAGUUGCAUUGAUUCCGGCCGUAGUUGUUGCAGCACCCAUACUCGUGCCGAUAUCCAUUGUUUCUGGUACUGCAGUUUCUGUCUACACAUUGUUUCGCAGUGGACACAGUUUAUAUGACAGACUUACCCAUGAGCAGACGAUGAGUGUGAUGGACAGUGAAGCACGCGGAGCUUACUUAAACAUAGCGGCAGGGGCAUUAGGCUUCGCAGGGUCAGGUGCACGGUUCGCGCUUACCAGUUUUAUUAGCAGAGGGGGCACUGUCGGUUUUGCAAUCCGAGGUGCAGUUGAUGGUUUGACUGGAGCGAAUGUUUUAAUGAGUGGUGCAGCCAUCAGUAAUUCCACCUACGAAGUGUAUAACCAAUGGCAAUCCAAUAAUGAAAUCGGUUAUUUGACGUGGAUCCAAUUAUCUUCAUCAAUUCUUUUCUUCGGUCACUCCGUGUAUAAUUUGCAAUCGGCUGGUACCAUUAUUACGGAGACUCAGCAGCAAACUUUGGAAGAUAUUAGUACCUCAUUGCGCAGUAAUCGACACAGGAAAACUUUUAAUAAGAUUACAAAGGAAACGGUGGCGAUUCAUGGCGAUCAACAGGGUAAAGGUAAAGUCAUCACAUACAUCAAAAAUUUGGGAAGUUCACGUGAUGAUGUGCUCGCUAAUCUGACCAAGAAUAACAAGAUGUUGAAUCAGAAAGGUAUUCGGUACUUUGUUGACCAAGGCAAUGUUCAAUUCAAUAACAUCAAAGUUGACAUCAGUAGCCUAGGAAAAGGACCUAGGCACCAACAAAGCGCCAAUCGCGUAAAUUUAUCCAUGAAUGGUGAUUGUAUCUCCAUCAGCGCUUCUCAAAAAUAUUGUGUUAUUGCAUUGAAUUUGUUCGAAACUAUUCCAAAGGUAUAUCAAAUCAUACAGGAGGCUGAUUCUAUGAAAACUGCGUUUAGGUCGCUGUUUGGAUUAUUUAGCAAUUAUGUAGUAGAGAAGUUAAUUAUUUUAGUACCCUCAAUGUUGGGAUUGACAUGGCUGAACCUAAGCUUAUUGCAACUAUAUCCCAAGGCUCAAUUGCCUUACAAAGUGCUUAAACUUAUUAUAGGUUUCUUUAGUAAAAUGGCAGAAGAUAGAAUGAAAGCAGAAGGUAUAGAUUCAUUACAUUGGGGAUACAAACUUACACAAUAUAUAGAACGGGCUAUUACCAUCGCCACAUUGAGAAUGGUCGACAUCAUACGAGAAUUGGCUGAAUAUAUUAAUAACUAUAUAUUUGACACAAUUUUAUCCUUAGCUUAUAACAUAUCUUCAGAUAGAUUGGCUACCGAAAGUCAGCAAAGCACCGCUACCGAAAGUCAGCAAAGCACCGUCAAUCGCCUCAAGUGCACAGGUAAAUAA